UCCACUUCAGUCCACUGGAUUAUUACCAGGUGCCGGGUUUUCUUUCCCGCAACCGAACCAGUUGGGGGACGCCCACUCCACCCCGACAUGUCCAGCGCGAGAAAUUCACACAAGGCAACAGCACGACGCCGCAGAAUAGGCUGCCGGAUUUGCCGCACCCGUCGCAUCAAAUGUGACGAGAAACAACCAUGUGGCUAUUGUUCCCGCAAGGGGCUCGACUGCGAGCAGACAGAAUUCAUCGUAUACGACGGCCGGUCAGAGUCUACUGCAGCGCCCUCUGUGAACACACGUGGAAGCCCAUCUAAACGCCGGGAGACAUCCUCCAACACCACCAGCACCAGCAAUGAUCCCGGGUCGACGUAUGAUGUCUUCCGGCAAGCUUCUUCCACUGUCACACGGGAGCCCACACUCAGCCUCCAGGCACCAGGCUCGAUUGAGGUGACGGUCACAGAGGAAAUUGCCAAGCUUCUGGGUAUCUACCAAAGCGGCAUCGGCCCGUGGAUGGACAUUUUAGACCACUCACUCGCCUACCAACGCCAGGUUGUACGCUUGGCACUCUGGUCUCCGCUCCUCAUGCAUUCCAUCUGCGCACUUUCCGCCAGGCAGAUGAGCCUUGUUGGGGAAAGAUUCCUAUGGGGCCCUGUCUCCGCGCGGCACUACGGGAAGAGCCUUGGAUUACUCAUCAGAGAACUGAACGAGCAGCAAAGCGGCCGGGAGGUUAUAAUAGCGGCUACCAUUUUACUCUGCAGCUCCGAGCUGCUGACUCUUCCGGGUGCUGAUUACCAAAGGCAUCUGUACGGUGCUCGUUCUCUUUUCCAGACCCACAACAUAGCCGCCAACGGAACCAACCUUGAGCACGCCAGCUUCUGGAUCUUUGCGCGGCAAGACGUGUCUGUGGCAAUCAUUCGCGAGUGCGCGACGCUAAUCCCCCCGCAAGAAUGGCCGGCAAUCCCUCAGUCUGGAGAGACGGAGGAGGAUAGAUUGGGGAAUCGAAUCCUGUGGUUGCUCGCAAAGAUGAUCAAGUUCAGGUUCACUCCUUUUGCGGGUGGUUGGUCUGAUCAACUGACUCUAGAUUUCCGAGAUCUGUGCUCCGAAAUCGACCUCUGGUGGGAAGGUCUCCCUUCAUCCGCUCGUGGUGUUGCAAUGGCGGACAGCUCCGGCGAUGGACUUACAAAGACGUGGUUCUGCGUUCCCUCAGCAGCGGCUGCAUGUCUGUAUUAUAACAUGGCCAAGAUUUUGUCCUUUGAAUGCUUGCUAAAGAGGCAUACGGAGUCGCCUAGCGGGUUGAGCUAUGAUAAUAGUUGGGAUGAGGGACUUCGUUCUCAUGCUCUCGCUAUUGCCUCUAUCUGUCUCUCCCGCGGCGUGGCCGAGGGUGCGUUGGUUGUUGCAGUGAAUCCUCUCUUCUACGCGGCAAGACACAUCCGAUCACUUUCACUAAAAGCCAAGAUUUGGACAUUGCUGGAACGCAUUGAGCUUUGCCUAGGAUUUCACACGAAGAACCGGGUUGCCCAAUUACAAAGAGAAUUGGCUUUGGAUAACAACUAGGAAACAAUUCCUUGACUCCCUGCGGUGAAUACCACAGUUGUUCAUUCCACGGUACCAGCUCCAGUAGACAACGCAAUUUCACAUAAUCGCUGCGUGUGCGCAUCCAAUCCAGGCCAGUAGAAUUAUCGAGUGAGGGGGGUAGAGAGCACCAGCUCCCGACCUCCUUUCGUGCCCCACCAGGCCACCCCAAUGGCGGACCUCUCAACGUCCAUUUCCCCGUUGACAAGGAUAUCCCAGAACUUCCUCUUAGCUACUUCUCUCAUCGCUGGGA